GCAGCCAGCGUCCAAGUCCCAAGAAGAUCCUUCAAGCUCACCAUGCAGCCGACUUCGCUCCUCGUCGCCCUGGCGCUGCUGGCGUCGCCCGCCCUGGGCGCCAACCUCAAGGUGCACCACCACCACCACAUGAAGUUCCGCGAGGUGACGGUCAUCGCCGACAACGCCGAGUGCCCCAACGGCGGCGACGUGCUGCUGUGCGAGAGCGCGUCGUUCGCGUGCCAGGAUGACGGCUCGGGCACGCAGAAGUGCCUGGAGCGCGACGACUCGUUCCUCGACGCGGUGGACAGCAGCACGACCAUGCCCUGGGCGCAGUGCAGCUUCAACAACGCGUCGCUGCCCUCCAAGUGCCUCUUCGACUUCACGUGCCUCUGCAACGACUACGCCAACGUCGACUGCUACUGCAUGCCGCCCGACGCCUGGCGCACGGGCCGCGCCAAUGCCGCCACCUGCACCACGUCCAGCGGCGAGACCAACGCCUGCGACGAGGGCAAGUACUGCCGCACCAAGGGCAGCACCCAGGAGUGCGCCACGGCGCCCUACCUGCCCAACAGCACGGCGCUCUACAGCGACUGCACGACCGACGGCGCCUGCGACGAGGGACUCACGUGCGAGGACUACGACAACUUCGGCAUCUGCGUGGAUGGCGACGACGGAUCCGACGCCUCGAGCGCUUAAAAGCGCCGCUCAAGUCUGUGGCCUUGAUCCACUUCCUCUCCCUAUGUGUACGUUCAGCUGCAAGGAUCUCGUAAAUGAGAGAGAUCUGUGCAUUCCUAUGGCUCUAUUAGCUGAGCUCCUAACCAGUAAACAAGAGCAUCGGAUCUUAUCUUGGUGUUCGCUUCGCCAUUGAGUCCUGCCCGUUUGCUGUUGUAC